AAGUACGGUUGUAACAGUUAACACCGUUUCCUUUUCCUUUUCCUUGUCGAGGUAACCGUUCUGUUUCAACUUCCAAUCGCGAAUCAAAGCCAAAAAUGGCUUCCGUUACGCUACACAUACAGUCACCACCACUCAACAACGACGUCGUUUCGCUUCCAAGGAAUCAUUUCCCUAUCGUCACCUUCAAAACAACCUUUUUUGGCUCCUCGUUGACCGCGAACGGGAAACCGCUUUCUCUACCAAAAACCUUUCGAACUCAACCCGUAAUCACUUCUUCUUCUUCUUCUUCUUCUUCUUCUUCUACUCACACGUUUGAUGUUGUAAUUAUUGGUGCUGGAAUCAUCUGGUUAACUAUUGCCCGGCAGUUCCUCAUCGGGUCGGACCUUUCCGUUGCUGUUGUUGAUAAGGACGUCCCUUGCUCUGGUGCUACUGGCGCUGUUACAGGGCAGGGAUACUUGUGGAUGGUGCACCAGGAACCAGAGAGUGACACAUGGGACCUCACAAUGAGAAGCUAUAAACUGUGGCAAAUGUUUGCAGAGAAGGUGCGUGCCCAAGGCCUGGAUCCGUUACAAGAAUUAGGUUGGAAACGGACUGGAAGUUUGUUGGUAGGCAGAACUGCCAAAGAGGCAGCAACGUUGAAAAAGAAAGUGAAGAGAUUAUCUGAAGCUGGAUUGAGAGCAAAGUACUUAACAAGUGAUGCUUUGCGAUUAAAGGAACCUGAGCUUGAGGUCGGUAAAGAUGGUGGGGCUGCGUUUCUACCCGAUGAUUGUCAAUUGGACGCUCAACGUGCUGUUGCAUUCAUUCAAAAGGCUAAUAGGCAUUUUUCUAUAAAAGGGAGAUAUGCGGAGUUCUUUCAUGAUCCUGUGACAGGUUUAUUGAGAUCUGAUAGCAGCAGUGAGGUUGAAGGUGUUCGGACUUUCAAGAAUACAUUGUACAGUAAGAAGGCUGUUAUAGUGGCAGCUGGUUGUUGGAGCGGGUCUUUGGCACAUGACUUGUUUAGAGAAUCAGAUAUUUUGUUGAAUGUCCCUGUUAAGCCUCGGAAGGGUCACUUGGUUGUCCUUGAGAACUUUAGUUCCUUUAGAUUGGACCAUGGCCUGAUGGAGAUGGGUUAUGUUGAUCAUCUACAUGAUGCUUUAGAUCGCAAAAGUUCACAUUCAGUAAAAGUUGAGGAAGGGCAAACCCCGUCUGUCUCGAUGACGGCCACGAUGGACACAAUGGGAAACCUUGUUCUUGGGAGCAGCCGUCAGUUUACUGGGUAUAGCACUAAAGUGGAUGAGUCCAUUAUUAAUCAUAUAUGGAAGAGGGCUGGAGAGUUCUUUCCCAAACUAAAAGAGCUGCCCCUUGAAGAUUUCACUUUGGAUAGAAAAGUGAGAAUAGGAUUACGCCCUUAUAUGCCUGAUGGGAAGCCAGUGAUUGGGCCUGUGCCUGGUUUGAUGAAUGUGAUCAUCGCAACUGGGCAUGAAGGAGGAGGACUUUCUAUGGUAAUAUCUGUAUCCCUCUUUUCCACUGAAGAAAAGUGGUUAGGUGUUUUUCCUUUCUUAUUCUUUUUUUCCCCUUCUAAAAAUAAAUUCAGGCUUUUAAGUUUGACCAUAUUGUUCUAGUUUUAAACUAAACUUGAUUAGUGACAACUUAUGUUCCCUGCCUGUAUUUGGAAAUUAGCUUCGCAGUUAUUUUUUAUCCUUUUGACCGCUGAUAAAUCUCUGCUGAACAAAGGAAUCGCUCAUCAUUUUUUUUUCUUCGAUUUGGAGGCUUUGGGUACUGCUGAAAUGGUUGCUGAUAUGGUGUUGGGCAAUCUUGGAAUUGUUGAUUUGGCAGCAUUUGCACUUCAGGGUCGAUGUUGCUAAUAAAUACCCGUGUUUUUUUACAAGAUGGAAGAUGGAAUGGUUGCAUGAUUGGCCGGUAUUUAAUGGUCUGCUGGUUUUCUGGGACAUCUCAAGGUCAUAGGAAAUAGUGCUGAAUUUUGGUAGCUGCUGGCAUAUUUUGUAUGCCUUCCGUAUAUCUGCUUCUUUAAUUUAUAUCUGUAUUUACUGAACCAUUAGUUUUAUCUUCUAGUUCUUUUUUUUUUCUUCC